AGGGACCAGGAUCGUUGCAAAUACACUUUUUUAUCAAAGGAUGUAAAUCAAGAAGACCAAUGGCAGCUUUAAGCUCUCAGCACAGGUAACACAGCGCGUCGACAAACUUCCCAAACUUGAGACGAACGUCGACGGGGUUGUCCAUGUUCACCCACUGCCGGGGAAGCCGCGCCGCGAUCCACUUCUCGCAGGACUUCAUCUUUUAGAGUUUCUGGUGAUGGAGCUGUCUGCGUCUCCCCUCCGCCCCCUUUUGACCGGGUUACAGGAUCAUGAUCAUCCCAGCCAUUUACUGCGUAGAUGCUGAAGGCCCCGCGUGCGUGUGGAGGCGCGGUGAGAUAUAAGUCUCCGUCCCACCUCGUUCCCGUGGGGGGGCGGGCAUCAUGAGGUUCUCGCCAACUACACGUCUCUACUCACCACAGUCACUCGUUCCCUGGCAUCUACUCACCUAGACGUAACUCAACCGCGAAUCUGCGAUCGACAAAACACCGUUCACAACCGAGUAACAUCCUCCCCCGAAACGAGAAGCAAUAAUGGCCCGCUCAACCCUCGCGCUCCUCGCUGUCGCAGGCCUCGCAUCGGCAGGCAGCCUCCUGGCCCCGCGCCAGGACAACGAGACGAAGCCGGCGGUCGACAUCACGGCGCUGAACAAGAACGUCUCGGCGACGACGGGGUCGGGCGCUGUUAGUGCCGCGGGGACGCUGGCGCCGUUUGGCGGGAUUGGGGUUGGUUGUGGGAUUAAUUGGGCUGAGGGGCAGUCUUUCGGAGGUGGCCUGCAAUCCGGAUCCGAAGCCUUUGGUCUCGGCGGUGGCUUCACAAUCACCAAGGACACGAUGAACAUUGGUCUGGGAAUCGGCAUCAACCCCAUCAACUUCAACUCCAGUGUCAGCUAUGAGGCAUCGACUAACGGCACCGUGAGCUUGGUGUUUACUUCGACUUCGGCGAUUAAGUGCGAGGAGACGACUGUUGAUGGGGUUAAGGGCGUCAAGUGUACGUCUACCUGAACUGUCUGGGUAUCAGGAGGGUCCCGUAGUCGUUGUUUGCUUUGAGCGUGUUGAAAAUCUAGACUACUAUUUGCCAUCUACAACCCCCCAUGCCGCGAGUAACUCUGUGAAGACAUGGCCAGCCAUAGUGAAUUAUGAGCAUAGCCCCAUGGCGUAAAUCAGGUAGCUUGGUGCUCGACUUAAGAGUGAUCGUGAAGAGGACCUUGAGAUACCGGUACCGUGGUUACGGGACAGAAUUUACCACGACGAUGUUGACGGCCCG